AUGAAGCGCGAUGAGAAGGACAGCACGAGAGAAGGUCCUCGCCACCUGCAAGGACGCCAAAUGGUGACACAGGGCUACCACGCGAAAUCGACAAAUCAGGGAAAAAACCAAAAAGGGGAAAACAAAAACGAAGACGAAUUAGAAAAAUUUACGAAGAAGAAACCAAUCCCCUGCGAUGAAUUGUCCACUUCUUGGGGAAACUCGAACAAUGCCGAAUCGAAGCGGAAUCUGCAAAACCUGCUGGGGUCGUACUACUCCAGUGAUGAAGAAAGCGAAGAGGCGUCCCAACAAAGAGAGGACCUGACGCAGGGAGGUGCCCCUCGCCAAAGGGGAAAACAUCAGGGGGACACUCAAAGCGAUAGUGAAGCCGAGGAGGAGGAUAACACUGAUAAUGAUAAUCAUAGUGAUGAUAUUCCCGAUGAUGAAGGUGAAGCGCUGCAGGGAAAGAAGCAAACACAACAAAGUAGAGGGCAUCACGGGAAGAUCCCAAAGGAGAAGGAGGAAGAACAGCCCACUUCACCCCUGCGAAGUAAUCCCGAGGGAGAAAAAACCAAAAUGAAUUACCAAGAGGAGGAACCAGCUAGCCAACACCAAAAUGACAAAAAAAAAAGACGUACAUCCCCCUCGCCACAGAAUAAGUGCCAAAGGAAAAGUGAAAGCUCAAGCCAAAAUAAAUCUUCACAUAUGGUUGGAAAGAUUGACUACAAUAUAAAAAAUUCGCAAAGUUCAUUGCAUAGGGGAUAUAAUGCACGCCCCAGUUGGGGAGACAACCCUACGCAGGAAAACUGUCAGCAGCCCCCGUGGGACAGGAAAAGCUCUUUUCAGAAUUUCAAUUCAGGUCUAGGUAGGCAGUACCCAUAUGAUGGCAGUGGCCAGUAUGUGUAUAACUGCGGCGUACCUACCGAUCCGAAGGGAAGCCUAAAUAAACUGUCCCUCACCAACUUUGGCUUUUCAACGAAGAAAGAAAUCAACGUGGAUCUGGAAAACAUCCCUGUGAUAGACCAGAGACAAAUUCUCAGCGAUUGGAAGCCCACCAUGCCAGAGGAAAAGAACAGAAGUCAGAAAUAUAACAUAAAGACAAAGGUGUACAAUGCAGCUAGCAACACCUUCGAUAAGGUAAUCAUUCACGGGAAUAAACAAAAGCGGAAACAUCAGAUAAACUGGCUAGCAAAAGAAGCUGUGGAAAAGGAAUACGAAAUUUUGCAAAAGACAAAUUACAGCAAAAGAAGGACCACGAACGAUAAAUAUGGGUGGUAA